UGCAAGCCUAACGCAUUGACCAAUAGCGCUGCGUUACCACCAGAGGUAGCUGUCAAUCAUCGAGCACGAGCAGGUCUCAGCGUGCACAACAGUGUCACGCGCCUCACUCGGCUUACUGCAGAAACAUGGAGAAACAAAACCCCAAAUUACCGAUUCCUCGACUGCCUUCCACAUCUCAAAAAACAUUUAAAAAGUUUAAAAGCCCUUCUUCAAAAGUGGCUGUAAGACGUUUAAGACAGUCGAGUAGAAUUUACAUUGGAGAUUGUUUUAAAUGAUGGAGAGAUUUUCGUGAUCUACGCGGCCUGAAAACGGAUGAAGAGUUGGCAAAGUAUCUUUUGGACAGGACAUGUGGAUCGGUCUACUCCAUCAUGUGACUGGAGAACAUGAGUGGUCUCUGGAUGCUUGUCAGCAUGAUCCUUUACUAAGUGACAGAGAGAAAGACUGGAUUCAGAAAGGCUCCACUCCACACAAAGCCCUCAGUGACAUCAUUCUCAGUGAACGCUGGCUGAAAGAAGUCCCAAAAUAUUUGAAAUACAGGUACUGUAUUUAAUUAUAGCUAUAAAUAAUAAUAUACUUGUUCUAAAUGUUAAAUUCUUGUUUUAGAUCUACAGCACAUUUGGAGGCGUUUUACAACCAUCUCCUAAUGUAUGCAAGCAAAAGAUUCAGUUACAUCCCACCUGUUUACGAGGCACGGAUACUGCUUGCUGAAUUGGACUACAAUCACCACUCACAUCGAGAAGUGAAGAGGAGAGCAGAUGGAUCGAUACAGUAUGUAUUUAUUUAUUUAUAUUUGUAAUAAAACAUACACUCAUGAAUUCAUAAUUCACAGGUCCAGUUUUAGUCAUUUUUUAUUAACAACUUCCUCAGAUGAACAACCACAACGCUCCUAACUGCUACAUAUUGGUUUAACAACAUGCUGUCAAGUGGCCAACUGUAGAAUAACAGAAACACCACAUUUUCAAUAAUAGCGCCUCCAGGUGGGGCUUACCUAAAUUACGUUUAAUUUAAAACACUUUUUCAGCUAAUUUGUUGUAUACUAUAAGUUAGAGCCCUGCACGGGCCUAAAAUCUGAGCCCGUGUCCGGCCCGGCCCGAAAAGGUUUUCAGGAUUCUCUGGCCUGACCCGAGCCCGACUUUUUUUUAACCAACUAAAUGAAAACAAAGUGCGUCAAUCCUGACCAAUGUGUUAAAAGACGUGCAGGAUCCGAUCAAUUUGUUUUUCCCUCAUUUACCGUCACGGAGAUGACGGCGCAAUGGCUCUGGUGUUAAUCAAGUUAAAUUUUAUCUCUUUGCAACAAUUUUCACAAGAAAACAGAACAGUUAAAAGCAGGGCUUGUGUUGACCGGAUAGUUCCCGUAUUUGAUCGUUUAUUUUGAUGGAGAAAGAAUAGAAAGAAUUACCCCGACGCAUGCAGACGAACUGACAUUUUAUUCUACGCACAUCGCAAAUGUAGCUAAAUCACGCAAGAAAAGAUUCCCAUCUGAACAUCUGAGCUUCUCAGCGCAGCUCGCUCUCAGCAGAUAUGUGCAUAGCGAGCUGAAGUUGUGGAGAGGGGCUUGGAGCGCGUCGCAGAACCAGAGUGCACUGAAGCAAGUGUUUUCCAAACCCUGUCAGAGAGACUUGUCACUUAGAAAAUGUUCCCUGAUGAUGAAACUUUGGCUGAAUAGCGCUUGUUCCUGUCUCCAAUGUGGCGACACAUCCAGGAGCCAUCUGAGGAGAAUCCCAGAAUCUCACAUCCUCUUCAGCUCAGACAGCGCCUAUGAUUACGCACAAGUGUGAUGGCGGGGACUGAGCAUGCGCUGACGGCCGAUCACCGGAUACACGGCAGCGUUUGAAGCUGAUGGCAGCUCGUUAACAAACAUCCACAAUCAAUUAAGACACAUUUUCGCCUAAUUUAUUUACUGACAACGCAAAAAAUAAUCUGGUAAGUAUAACUCACUCAAUCUGGAGGUAAGUGAAGGAAAUUUAGAAAGUUUGUUAAAUUAUAUUGACGACGUUUUUGAGUUAUUCAUCAUGGGUCCGAAGAAAUCAGCAGCUGAGGCUGAAGCACCUGCUGGGACCAAGAGAAGCCGUCCUCAGGACUCGCCUGAGGCCUCAUCUCCCCGGAAGGACAUAUUAGAAUUAUUAGAUUCUACAGAUAAACGGCUUCUGGGAUUUGAGGGGCGACUCCAUCUGCUCGAGGUUCUUCACCAGGAGUUUCAGAACCUCCGAACAUCUCUGGAGUUCAGCCAGGAUCAGGUUGAGCGGCUCGCUGCUGAGAACGCGUCUCUGCGGGAGUCCGUUUCUUCCCUGGAAGAGGGAAUGACGCGGAUCGCCCAGGACAACAAGAUUCUGAAGGAGACGGUUUUGGACCUUCAGGCCCGCAGCAUGAGGGAUAAUCUGGUGUUCGCAGGACUGCCGGAGCAGGCGGGUGGGGCGGAGAACUGCGAGCAAACAAUAAAGAACUUUCUCCAGACAGAAAUGAAGAUACCCGAAGAAAAAGUUAAAAACAUCACAUUUCACCGGGUACAUCGCCUUGGAGCUAAAAGAGGGGACAGCAGAAGACCUCGUCCCAUCGUGGCUAAAUUUGAACAUUUUAAGCAGAAGGAUCUUGUUAAAAGUCACGGAAGAGAGCUCAAAGGGAAAGAUUUCAGCGUCAAUGAUCAGUUCCCGAAAGAAAUUCUGGUUCGACGCCGGGUCCUCUUUCCACUGCGAAAAAAGUUUAUCCAGGAUGGGAAGAGAGCUGUCACCUCGGUGGAUAAGCUUUAUGUGGACAAUAAGCUUUACAAGGAGCGAGGAGUGACAGACUGGCUGUAUUAGCCCAACAUCAGGUCAGACAUUUAUUAUUCUUAUCAGGAUUCACUGGGUUUGAUCACGUCAGGAUUAAACAGCUGCUAAAUCCGUAUUCUAGAUGAUGAGAUCACCUGUUCAUCACCACUUCACACCCCUACCGCCUUUUCUUUUUAGUUCUUUCUUCUUUUUUAACCUGUAUCUGUAUUUUCCCUUCCUUUUUACCUGCUUAUGUACCUUUACACCUGUACGGCACAACCACACAACUUUCCAACACUGCGUCAGAUUCGACACACACACACACACACACACACACACACACACACACACACACACACACACACACACACACACACACACACACACACACACACACAUAGAUAUAUUAAAUUCACAGCACAAUAAAUAUCAUAAUUUAUGCGUCAAAUAAUACAACCACAAACACUGUUGGAUCUUUAUUAUUAUUAUUAUUAUUAUUAUUAUUAUUAUUAUUAUUAUUAUUUACUUUUCGGUUAUU